CUCACAUCCCCUUCAGCAGCUCUCGACAUCAAGUGCAGCUAUUCGGAGAGCGGCUCGUUAGAGGCUUGUCGCCAUACGGACGUCUGGAAAGGAAGAAAAGGGCAGUGAGAAGACACCGAAGAAAGUUUUCUACAAGGCAGAUUUUUCAUACUCCUUAAGAAAGACAGUGUCAGCAUCUGGCUGAUGAAGUAAGAAUGUAGGACCAUCCCACUCGCAGGCACUUCCACACACGCAGCUCCAUGUACAGUCUGCAAACCUGCGGGAGCCAGGCAGCCAGACAUCUCCAAGGAAUGGGGCGACCCUUCUGCAGGAGAGGUGGGUGUGUGCCGUUGUGUUCCUGACAAAGAGAGAACUUCGGGAUACAGUGCAUUGAGUGGCUUCAUUGUUUCCAGAUCCAAAUCUCAGCCAACGUUGCAAAACAAUAUUAUAUUAAGCUUUUGUGACACCGCAAGCAGGAAAUAGUCAAAUGAUAGAGCUGCAUGCAUUUAAAGGGAGAUGACGCCACUAUUCCUGUAAUGAUAUGUGCACAAAGCAAGGUUCUAACCCAUUUUUCUACGUGAAUGAAGUUUGCUAGUUAAGUCCAGGAUCAAUUAUGGAGAAAACAAAUGGAGAAAAUGUUGCAUCAAAGGAAGAUCUAAAGAAAAAACAGAUUUCCUAUUCUGUAGAGACACCUUACGGGUUUCACCUGGAUCUUGACUUUUUGAAAUACGUGCAUGAUAUUGAAAAAGGGAAUACCAUCAAGAGGAUCCACAUCCACAGAAGAGCAAAACAAUCCAAGUUUAGCACGCUGCCUCGUAAUUUUAGCGUGCCUGAAAAUGGAUCCCAGUCCUACACAGCAGCCUCGAGCAGAACCUGGAGCCCCAGUAGCUACAGAAUUGAUGCAAAAGACUCUCAGGUGUUUUCAGGAAACGACUCCUCCUUACGCUUGAGGUAUGUUCAGGAGUUAAACUAUCGGAGAAAGGACAUUAUGAGUGAUGCCACUUUGCAAGAACUGGCACCUGAAGAUUUUAGCGGCUGCAAAGAUCGCCCACAGUUUGCUCGAGCUUCUAGUCUUCCAGCUAGCCUUCCACAAAGCACAAUGUCUUCAGAUCAAAGCAGCUAUUUCAAGGUGACACGAAACCUCGGUCGUUUCAGUGACAGCCGUCUGGGCUCCUCGGAAGAGCCUGUAAGUCCAUCUCAUAUCCAGUCCGACAAACAGUUGGCAGCUGCCUUUAAAAAGAUCAAGGAACUGGAAGAACAGAUAAAAACUAUUCCAGAACUGCAAAAAACCAUAUAUGUGCUCGAAGGAAAAAACAAUAAGUUAAAUACCCAACUUAAGUCCCUUUCUCAAUUUUUGGGGAACAUAAAAGAUCAGGAAGGUGCAGACUUUUUGAAAAGCAACACAAAAUCUGAGAAUUUGGACAUCGGAAAUGGAGAGGUCAAUGGACAGGUCAGUUAUGACAAUUUAAGUGACUCGCCAUUCUCAACCAUUAAACUGCAGGUUUCAGAUUUGACCAAACGCUUGGACGACCGGGCCAGGGAGGUGCACAAUUUGAGGGUGUUGGUGGAGAAGCAAAGCAACGAAUUGAAGGCCAAGGAUGUAUAUAUUACAGAUUUGACAAAUACGCUGGAAAGCGCGGAAGAAAGCAGAAGAGAUGUAAGUAGUAAACACUACAGAGACAUGGCGGUCAACACUGACGAAGAAGAAGUUGAGGAGAAGAGGGAAAGUCUUGAUAAAAACACCUUUGCCAAUAUAGGUGUUGAGACUCAUUCAGUAGGCUGUGGCGUCCUACCGGGAGAUCUGGAUCAAUUGCAAGACACUGAUCAUAGUCUGAUGGCAUCCAACCAGGAGGACAACACCACAGUCCAAGAUAAUAUGUUGGCUGAUGAUAAUGUUCAAGUGGAAAUAGAGGAAGUUACUAAGGUUGAUGGCAAAGAAGGUUCACCAAAAGAAGGUCCAACACUCAACCAACCCCAAGGAUGUAACAAUAAUAGAACCUGCGAUUAUGAAGACCCCACCAAUAUUAGGCAUUUACCCACUGUCCAUCAACCUCCCGCAGAUGCUUCCAUAGGACAGUACGUAAAACGAAUCCAGGAUCUCCUACAGGAACAGUGGACUUGUCUAGAACAUGGAUAUCCAGAUCUGGCCAGUGCCCUCAAACAACCAGCUAACAAACUCAGCUCCAUCCAGAACCAACUAGUCAAUUCCCUCAACUUAUUGUCCUCAGUUUACUCCACUCAGACAACAUCAGAGCGGGAGAAUUUCAAGCCUGAGAGCCAGCAAGCAGAACAGUCUCCCAGAAGCCUGAAGUCUAUAAUGAAGAAGAAAAACAGCAGCUGCCGCUCGGCUGGAGAGGCCCGGGCUAAGAAGAAUCUGCAGUUUGUUGGGGUCAAUGGUGGUUAUGAAACAACGUCCAGUGAGGAUUCUAGCUCUGAGGACGAUGAAGACAGCUAUGGUGAGAAGACAGAGAUAGCCGCAUGUUCACAGGAUGGAGAUGAUGGUGGUGAUGGUCACACGGAUAACACGGUCCCGCUAGAAACUGAAUAUGCAGAAGAAGAGUUAUCGGAAACUCCAGGCCCAACAAUAUCAGAGGCUCAACAGUAUGUGCAGAGGUGUACAGUGGGGGAAGCCUUCCGCAGCGAGUGCCACAUAUUGAGCAGCCAUCUAGCAGAACUGAGGACCACCACAGAUAAUAAACUGAGACAAACAUUAUACACCGUCUGCCAAGAGUGGUUCCGAGUCUCCAGCCAGAAGACGUCGUCCCCGGAUCUGGUUGCAGUCUAUCUGGAGGAAUUCCGAUCGAUUAGCCCACAGCUAUUGCAGGCAGUCGUGAAUAUCGCUGACGAGAAUGGGAAUACGGCCCUGCAUUACAGCGUAUCCCACUCCAACUUCAGAAUCGUUAAGCUCCUGCUUAACACGGGCGUCUGUGAUGUGGACCAUCAGAAUAAAGCGGGGUACACCCCAGUGAUGCUCACCCCCCUGGCAUCAGCCGAGACAGAUGAAGACAUGGAGGUGGUGAAGGAUCUCCUCAUGCUGGGAAAUGUGAAUCUCUCUGCCUCUCAGGGAGGACAGACGGCACUGAUGCUCGGGGUCAGCCACGGGCGCUCGGACAUGGUAAAGGUCCUGCUGGACUGUGGGGCAGAUGUUAACCUGGCUGCCGAGGAUGGAGAAACCGCUCUGAUAAUCGCCUGCCAAGUGGGAAACCUGGAAAUUGUGAAGCUCCUCAUAUCUCAUCCAGACUGUGAUGUGGAGCUGACGGAUAAGGCUGGUAACUCGGCUUUGUCUAUUGUGCUGGAUUCCGCCCACAGUGAGAUUGCAGAACUUCUACAAGCCCACACAGAGCACCGCCGUCCCUGCCCCUCCACUGACACGGGAGAAGGAGGCUCAUUGUAAACAAGUAUGGAGGACAAAAGACUCAUUCUUCUGAGCGUUCACAGCGGAUAUCAUCCAUCUCUACACUCAACUAUUCCAAAUAUGUGUAUAUGGCCUGCUUUCCGCUGCCAGGGGUCUCACACGCCGGGCUUGACUUCUACAGGAAUAAUGGUAUCCUUAUAGCAGGGGCACAUUUUUUAUUUUUUUUUAAAUGCUAAUUUUUUGCUUUUUGGGGGUUGGCAAAUUUUUGUAAGUUCUGGCCUCCUUUUUUUCACAGGCUGUCUUUUUGGCGAAUGAACUUUUGCAUUGGGGCCCAAUUUGCAAAAAAAAUGCCUAUAGGCGAAUGAAUCGGCCUGAAGGCAAAAUGUAGCAAAUGCAACAAUUGUUUUGUUACCCUUUUGCUACUUUUUGGUUAUUUCUCACUAAAUAAGUAUUCACCCCGCCCUUUAUUACUUAAGCCUCAUGCAGACGUCCAUGGAACACGGUCCGUGAGAUACCGGACUGGCAGGAGCGCACGGCGUCAUAGCGACCAAUGAGGCCGUGCACUCCUGCAAUGCCAGUCCGGUAUCUCACGGACAGUGUUCCAUGGACGUCUGCCUGAGGCUUUACUGAGAGAUUCCUUUGAUAGCUCUGCCACCGCUAUAACAAGGGUCUUCUUCUUCUUACCCCUCGGUUAAUGGUUUUAGAUGUAUUUGCACCAAUCGUUUGCGCCAAAUUUAAUAUACCUUUGGCCAUGUUUUUUUGAGUAGGGGGGAUAUGAUGUAAUGUGCAUAAGAAACUGUCUGCAAAAUGACCCCUUUUUAUGUUGGUGCUCUCACUUGGGGACCUUUAAGAGAAGAUAUGAUGAUGUCAUAGCACUGGAUGAUGUCACUGUUUGUAAUUACGGGACACAGUCACUGAGAGCAGAAAUGGCUGCCGUGUACAUAAUAUAUACUGUAUACUAUUUUUAUAUUAUAGCACAUCAGACUAGUGAUGAAGGAUACAGGGUCCUGACCGGGCAGAGCUGCAGGGGCCAAACAGCAGAAUCAAUCAGGGUUUGUUUUCUUCCCUCUUUAAAGGGGUAUUCCCACCUUAAGUCCUGUGGGUAUGCCAAAGGUGCCACUGCGGGGACCCUCACCUACAGAGAGAAUCUCCAAAUCCCAGCUGUUGCAUACUGCAUUCUUCCACUACAGAGACCUGCAUUUAUGGCAUAACUAUCUGGAUAUAUUUUGUAAAUGCAUAAAAUGUGUGUACCCCUUUAAGAAUCAGAAGCACAAAAAUGUAAGCACAGAAUUCAGAUUUAUUCUGGAGCUAGACAAAAAAAAAAAAAAAAAAAAAAAAAAAAAGCACAAAACCUUAUCCAGGGACACACUGUGAACCGCUUUUGUCCUGAUAGCGGAUCGGCCGGUCACAUGAACAUGUGACUGGUCAGUGCCAUCACCCCCUUAGACUCUGUCAGGGAUAGUCACGCCCCUUAUAGACUCAUCGGAACCCAAUUGAAAAUUUCUGAAACCAGGACACAGGCUUUUUCUAGAAGAUAUAAGCCUUGUUUAUCUUAUAAUGGACAUCCCCUUUAAGUAUCUUUAGAGUGUAUUCACACCUGAGUUUAUUGCUCAUUAGCAAUUUUACACAGUAUUAAAAAUGUUAGGUAUUUAUCUACCAGGGAUAUAAUUAAGGGGUAAAAGAGCGAAGUAUCUGGCACCUUACAUGUGGGCCACAGCGCUAUUCACCGCAGCGGGGAUUACAAUGUUUUACUUCAAUUCCCUGGCGAAUGCACAGAUUGCGCUGAUCCUGCCAAACACAUCCGGUGAUCAUCGCGGUUACAAAUGCUGCCAGUCUUAUUUUAGCUGAUUACAAGACGUUCUCCUCUCAGCCAAGACAGAAAUAGACUCCUAAAUGGAGAGCAGCGGCAUCCUUAUAAUGAACUCAAUUUAAUGUUAAAAGCAAGAUUAAGAUUUCAGCAAUUGUGGCAUUUACAGAUGAGUGAGCUCUUCUCCUUAAAGGGCAUGUCCAUCAAUUUACAGAUUACAUAGAAUAAGUCCACAUGAAAGUCACUGUGUACAUAGAUUACUUAUCCUGUACUGAUCCCGAGUUACAUCCUGUAUUAUACUCCAGAGCUGCACUCACUAUUCUGCUGGUGCAGUCACUGUGUACAUACA